AUGGGAGUCAGUUUCCUUUCCCAGUCCGCUACAGUCGAAUUUGGACUACGUGUACACGAUCGAUGUCGACACCGGAACCUUAACAAUCACAUGAUGGGAGAGCCUCAAUGGCUUGCUUCAGCCUUUUCCGCGCCAGAUACCGCUAUCUUGUCUGGAUGGAUCUCAUGGCUUGACGCUGGAUUCAUUAACUCCGGUUCUGGGAUUUCCCGCGACUUCUGUUUUAUAUGGCGAUUUUUCAUUGACAAUUCAAUGACUUGGCGAUAUCCCUCUAUGGCAUUUAACACAAUUGCCAUUGGCCUUCUGCGUAUUGCAGCAUGGGAUCUUGAAGUAUCAUCUGACUCUCAAAUUCAUUAUCCGAAAAAUAGGGUAAAUUUUCCUUACUGGGACGCGCCUCAAACAGAUAUUUUCUGGUUCCACGGAUACCUUGUUGUGCUUCAUGGAAAUAUCAAUACAAAAAGCUCGAUCUUGGCAGCUAUCUUCAAGGCUCAAUUCUUCCUUGAGGUUUCCCACAAGGAUGCCGCCCAUUUAAUUAUUUUAUCACUUCAACAUGUUGCAUUUGUUGAGAUCUCAUUCAAGUCUGUUUUGUGCUCUCAGAUUCUUCCCCUCUUUGUUAACAUGUCGGCUCAGCAUUGUUCCCCAGGGUUUCGAUUAUUGAGCUAUGUUCUGAGUUCGUGGUGCUGGAAACCAUCACUUGCCCACAGGGAACAUCUCAGAGUUGGUUUGCCACCAGAAACUUUGGAUCUGAUCCUCGGAUCUUGCAGUCCUGAGGGCGCAUUGACACUGUCACAAUCUUCCUUUAUUUUUCAAGAGCGGUAUUACUCAUCAAUUCCGCAGAUUCAACAUUUUACACUAUGA